AUGUUUUCUGAUUAAGAAGUAAUAAGCAACUAAAACUUUAUACUUAGAUUGCUUUAGGGAAUAGACAUUUUCGGUGUGGGUAUCAAUAUAAGAUUUAAUUAGUAGAGCAAGCACACAACAGGUUUUGGAGGUUUUAUUACCUUGGGUUUAAUUACUUUACUUCUCAUUCUUUUCAUUUCAUCAAUUUAAACCAUCAUUUAGAAAUCGAAUCCUUCAGUUAUUUAUCAAGAAAAUUUUGUUUCUAAUCCAUCUCGCUAUAACUUAACUAACGAGAACUUUUCAUUUGCAAUUACUUUACUUGAUGCUAGCUUUAAUCCUAUUAAUGACAAAAGCAUUUUUAGAAUUGAAGGUAAUUUUCUGUAUAAAGAACCACAAAUAAAUUCUGAUGGUAGUGUAGGAGAACCUGUUUUUAAGAAUAAAGUGAUUGAAUUUGAACUCUGUACUGAAUAGAGCUUUUAAGUCUAAGGCACUGAAAAUUACUUCUUGAGUUUGCAAUAUAAAAGUAUGUAUUGCUUUAAAAACAUCGACGAUUACUAUCUCGUUGGGCAAUUUGAAAAGGAUGAAUUCUCUGUGAUUUAAAUUAAUGUUAUUCCUUGUGAUUAAACUGAUCCCAAUAACUAAGUUUAAUGCAUGGAGGAGUCUAAAAAGAAAUAAAUCCUUUCAUAAUCACUAUUGCAGGUGUAUUACAUCACUCGAAUAGUAUAAGUCAGUAGCAAAUCUUAACCAUUCAAACCUAUGGGAAUCACUUAUUUUUGGGAAAAUAAUAUCGAAUUUUAGUAGAAUAUAAGCUUAAUGUUUAUGAAGACAUAUGUGUAAGAUGAUGAUGGUUUAGUAUUUUAAAAUAAUGUCGAAGAUAAUACUUUAUUAUUUAGCAGCGAGCGUACAAUGUUGUCCAGCAAGAAAGACUUUUCAAUUUAUUAAAUUAGCUUGUAUUUGGAAAAGAACAAAGAGAAGACUUACAUAAGAAAAUACUAAAAGAUUUUUGAUUGCUUUUCUUAGAUUGGAGGAAUCUAUAAUGUCUUAUUUGCAAUAGGAUGCAUAUUAGCUUAACCCUAUUCAUAAAUUUAACUAAAUAGAAAACUGUUUAAUCAAACGUUUAAAGUCAGUAACAAUAAUUAAGAUAAUCUACUGAAUGAAAGUUAAAGUUCAAACAAAUCAAGCAAAGCAAACAAAAUAAGUAAAAGCAAGGAAAUAAAAAAGAGCGCCCUAGAAAAUCAAGGUGAUCUUUCUUGCAAUAGUAAUAAAUACUAAAAAAAAGAGCUAGAAAAGGCUAACAGAUUUUUUUAGAAUUGCUAAGAAGAAGUAGAGGUUCAAAAUGAAGAGUAAAAAAAAUCAAUUGUAGACAUGUUCAAAUCGAAAUUUGUAGGAAUUAAAAUAAAAAGUAGUGAAUAUCUUGCCUAUUAUUUUGAUUGCUUCAAAAUCUUUAAUAAUGAGGUGUUUGAAAUAAUAAAUUUUGGAACAAAACAUAUUCUAAAUUAUACAGAUAUUUGUUUCAUAGUAAAUAAACUGAUUGAGUUAGAAAAGUUAAAAGCAUUGCUACUAAAUGAACAAUAAAUUUAGCUGUUUGAUUUCAUCCCUAAGCCUUAAAUUGAUAUGAGUAUCAUAAAAGAUAUUUAAUAAAACAAAAAUAAAAGACUUCCAAAAAUAAAGCAAUCGAACUCAAUUUAAUAAUAGCAAGAUGAAAUCUUAGAAAUAAAGAACAAAAGCUAAAUCGGAUAAAUUAAGCAGUUCAACAUUCUUUCAAUCUCGAAAAAAUCAACAUAUGAAAAGGCAAAGGAUGCAUAAUCGGCGUUUAACUAGAUUUACAGAGAUAAGCAAAAGAACUCCAAAAUAGAUUUAAAAUUAAUCUAAUUACUUGACUAAGAACUCGUAGAAUUAUUUGAUUGCAAUAUGCUUUAAGAAAACAAUUUAAUUACAAAUUUGUCAUUUAAUCAGCAAUUAAGCAAAAUGAAAAAAAGAAACAGUUAUUACUACUCACCUAGACAAGAUAGAUUAUUAUCAAAUAAAUCUCCAACUAGAUUUAGUAAUUCUUUUAAUCUCAACGAAGAAUUGAAAAAAAGAAAAUCUAACGAUGAAGACUAUUUCUCAAUUUAUGAUGCAGUAGAAACGGAUUCCAGAUUAUAAACUUACUGUCCAAGAGCAAAAAACUUUAUUGAAUAUACUAAUCAAAGGAAUAUAACAAUAGAAAAAGAAAUAGAAUCAUUAAAUUUACAGAAAUAAGAAUGA